GCGUGGUUCCGCAGAGCGCCCCGCCCGUGCCCACGGCCUCCUCCCGGUUCCAUUUCCCCCCUCUGGAGCCGCACUCUCCCACCGAGGAGGGCCCGGGCCGCUUCGCCGCGGCCUCGCUGCUGCCGCCGCACGCCGAGGCGGCGCUGCCGGACCCCGAGCGCAAGGCGGAGCCGGCCGAGCUGGAGGAGAGCGCCCCGGACUGGCGCCGGGAGCUGCUGGCGCCGCCGCACGCCGCCGCGGCCGCGGCCGGGCCCAAGCGCAAGCCCGAGGUGGUGCUGCCGCUGUUCUCGCGGCCCGGCGUGUUCCCCGAGCACCCGCACAGCCCCUUCGCCGUGUCGCCGCUGCCGGGCCGCCCCGGCGUGCUCAACGUGCCCAUCUCGCCGGCGCUGUCGCUGACGCCCACGCUCUUCUCGUACAGCCCUUCGCCGGGGCUCAGCCCGUUCGCCGCCGCCGGCAGCAGCUGCUUCUCCUUCAACCCCGAGGAGAUGAAGCACUACCUGCACUCGCAGGCCUGCUCCGUGUUCAACUACCACCUGAGCCCGCGGACUUUCCCCCGCUACCCGCUGGUGGUGCCGCCGCUGCAGUGCCCGGUGCCGCUGGAGGAGCAGCCGCAGUUCCCCAUCAAGCUGCAGCCGCCGCCCGCCGGCCGCAAGAACCGCGAGCGGCUGGAGAGCCCUGAGGGCGGCACCAACGGCGGCAGCAGCGGCGGCAGUGCCGAGCCGCCCCGCGUCAAGGUGGAGCCCGACAGGGAGGAGGAGCGGGAGGAGGAGAAGCCGGAGAAGCGGGAGGAAGAGCAGCAGCAGCAGGAGGAGGAGGAGGAGGAGAAGGCCGCGGUGUUCGCCCGCCCGGCCGCUCCGGCGUGGGUGCCCGUCCCGCCUCAGCCCGGCUCAUCCGGAGAGGAGAACGCGGAGAAACAAGGCCGGGAUUGCCCCGGGGACGCCGCGGCCGGGCAGGAGAGGCGGGAGGACGCCCUGAUGCCCCCCAAGCUGCGGCUGAAGCGGCGCUGGAACGGAGAUUCCCGGCAGGAAAUGCCCGAGGGAGCCCGGCCCAACGGGGUCUGGCACCUGCCCAAAGCCGUGGCCGCCGCCUCCGACACCUAAUCCCCGGCUGGAACGACAAAAAAAACCAACAACAA